ACUCUCCUUGUGUGAUCUCAACGUCACCGACUGUGAAACUGUGGCUUUGGCCCUGCAGAUACCAAACUCACCCCUGAUAGAACUAGACAUGAGUUACAAUGACCGGCUGGGUGACUGGGGAGUGGAGCUGCUCUCUGAUGGACUGAAGAGCCCAAACUGUCAGCUGGAGAUACUGAGAUUAUCCGGCUGGUACAUGACGGAUGAAGGCUGUGGUUAUCUGGCUUCAGCUCUGCGUUCAAACCCUUACACCUGAGAGAGCUGGAUCUGACCGUCAAUAACCUGGGAGAAUCAGGACUCGAGAUGUUAUCUGAUCUACUGAAGGAUCCAAUCUGCAGACUGAAAAAACUCAAAUUGGAUAGCUUUAAACUCACUGGUGAGUGCUGUGAAAUUGUGGCAUCAGUUCUACAAUCACCAAACUCCCGUCUGAUAGAGCUAGACAUGAGUGACAAUGAGCUGCAGGACUCAAGAGUGAUGCUGCUCUCCAAUGGACUGAAGAGCCCAAACUGUCAGCUGGAGAUACUGAGAUUAAGUCGCUGUAAGGUGACAGAUGAAGGCUGUGGUUAUCUGGCUUCAGCUCUGUGUUCAAACCCCUCACACCUGAGAGAGCUGGAUCUGAGCGACAAUUACCUGAUAAAAUCAGGACUCAAGAUGCUCUCUGAUCUACUGAAGGAUCCGAACUGCACACUGAACACACUCAAAUUAUGUAGCUGUGGGGUGACAGAUGAAGGCUGUGGUUAUCUGGCUUCAGCUCUGCGUUCAAACCCCUCACACCUGAGAGAUCUGGAUCUGAGCUUCAAUAACCUGGGAGAAUCAGGACUCAAGAUCAUCUCUGAUGGACUGAAGGAUCCAAACUGCACACUGAACACACUCAAAUUAUAUCGCUGUGAGGUGACAGAUGAAGGCUGUGGUUAUCUGGCUUCAGCUCUGCGUUUAAACCCCUCACACCUGAGAGAGCUGGAUCUGAGCGGCAAUAACCUGGGAGAAUCAGGACUCAAGAUCAUCUCUGAUCUGCUGAAGGAUCCAAACUGCACACUGAACACACUCAAAUUAUGUAGCUGUGGGGUGACAGAUGAAGGCUGUGGUUAUCUGGCUUCAGCUCUGUGUUCAAACCCCUCACACCUGAGAGAUCUGGAUCUGAGCUUCAAUAACCUGGGAGAAUCAGGACUCAAGAUCAUCUCUGAUCUGCUGAAGAAUCCAAACUGCACACUGAACACACUCAAAUUGCGGGGCUGUAAGGUGACAGAUGAAGGCUGUGGUUAUCUGGCUUCAGCUCUGUGUUCAAACCCCUCACACCUGAGAGAGCUGGAUCUGAGCUGGAAUAACCUGGGAGGAUCAGGAGUCAAGCUGCUCUCUGAUCUACUGAAGGAUUCAAACUUCACACUGAACAAACUCAAACCCUGGUAUAUUUAACACUGGAUCCAAACACAGCAGACACUCGUCUCAUUCUGUCUGAGGAGAACAGAAAUAUGACACUCGUGUUUGAGGAUCAGCCGUAUCCUGAUCAUCCAGAGAGAUUUGAUGAGUGUGGUCUGGUUCUGUGUAGAGAGAGUCUGACUGGACGCUGUUACUGGAGGCUGAAUGGAGUCAGUGAAUGAAUAUCAGACAUAUAAAGGAAUCAGCAGGAAAGGAAGGAGACACUGUAAGUUUGGAUUCAACAAAAUAUCCUGGAGUCUGAACUGUUCUGAUUACAGAUUCACUGUCCAUCACAAUAAUCAGAGAACAUCAUAUCUGCCCCUUCAUCUCCUCUAACAGAGCAGGAGUGUUUCUGGACUGACCGGCCGGUACCUUGUUCUUCUUCUUUGUUCUUUUGUUCUACUUUGUACAGAAUAUCAUCUGCUUUUGUGUUUAACCAGAAAGUCAAGAGCACAUUCAUUCAAGCACUGUAAGGAUAAUUUCUGCACAUCUUUGUGUAGAUAGAAAGAUCACAAACCACACAUUUUUAUUAUUCAUACAGAUGUUCAUAAUUGAUGAGGCAUUACAUUGCUUUGAUUCAGGUAUAUACAGUGGCCCCUAAAAGUAUUUAGACACUUAAGCUACAAUGAAUUUGCAUUUAUUUUUCCAAUACAAAAUGAAAAUAUGAAGUAAUGUAUUGUUUAUGUACUCUUUUACUGAAAAAGGUACACAUUCUGUCACUGCCGUCAAACCCUUUCAUAAGAUACACCUUUAUACCUUAUUUACCUCUUAAGGGUACAUAUUAAUACUUUUGACAGCUUUUGUACCUUUUUUCUGAUUUCUAUUAGGAUAGGUUAGGCUAUUCUAUUGGUUAGGACAUUGAUAUAGAAACUGCUUUUGUCAAUGAAGUUUUAUGAUGUUUCUCCAAUUAAAUUUAAAUAAAAUUUCAUAACAGAGCAAAAGUAUCAAAGUGACUGAUCAUAAAGAGCUUGUGACAUGGGGAACAGUAAUUCAGAGGUUUAGUAAAGCCUAUAUUGAGUGUGUGAAUAGAUUUAAAUGAUUAUAGUUACGCAAACAGGAGGCUGUUGCAGUGUUUGACCGCUAGGUGGCGUAAUAGAAUUGAGUUUUGUCCUGGUUUAAGUCUUUCACCAUGAGAAAACUGGUGUACAUAAAUGUGCAGUCACUGCUUCACAUACAGUGGGGUCUGAAAUAAAUAUUAUUAUGGUAUGCUAA